AUGUUGCGAUCAUUGUGGGUGCUAGCGUGGGCGAUCGUUGCGGUCGCCGGCGCGCAAGACGUUCCACAGCCUGGCGCCGCCCCGAUGGGCUUCGAGCAGCGUCUCACGGCGCUCGACCUGGCGCUGUCGCAAGUCGUCGUCGAACCGCCGGCGAAUUGGCGUCUCGGCCGCCUGCGUGACGAAGCCCAGUCGCUGUCCGCCGAGGCCUCGACGAACGUCGAGCGCCUCGCCGCCCGCGAGGUAGCCAGCCGCAUCGACCGCUUCACGGAGAUCGCCCAUGGAUUCGCAACGCCAGCGCCCGUAGCCAAGCCAACGCAAACGGUCGACUCGUGGCGAUCGCCCUCAGGCGUUGGCUCGACCGACGCCCCGAGCAGCGUCGCCCCUCCGGUUCGCCUGACGAAGCGAGGCCCCGCCGAGAGCACGCCGGCAAGGUCUACCGCGACAAGACGCCGUCACGACGCGGAGGGCGUCCUCCGGCCGGUCGUCUCGAAACGGCCCGACGCGCCACGCUACGCCAUCGUCAACGACCGCGGACGGGUCGAGACGUUCGUGACCCCGUCGCCGCGCCUGGAGAGCCGCUUCGACAACCUCGUCGGCCGACGGGUCGCGCUCGACGGCCGUCGCGGCUACCGCGCGGACUUGAAGCGAGAGCACCUGGUCGCCGAGCGAGUCACGACGAGCAACAGCCGCGCGCCGUCGCCGCUCCGCUCGGUGACGAGCCGCUCGGCCAACGCGAUGCGGCGUCCCGGUUCCUCCGCCAACAGCUCGAUCAGUUGCCAUUCGGCGACGCCCUGGAAGCCUCGCUCGGCCAACUCGGUGCGGACCACCUCGAAGCGGCGGACCGCCUCGGCGUCGGGAUUGCCACCCGUGGGCGCCCGCGUCGGACCCCGGGCGACCGGUCCCGUGGCGGAUCGCAGUUGGUUCGCCACCUCGAGCAGCUCGGCGAGCAGCUCGCGGUCAGUAGGCGGACCUGGGGCGGGGGGCGGCGCGAGGUCGACGACCUCGGGUAUUGGCUCGGCGGCGGGCGACGGGAUCGGCACCAGCGAACGCCAGUCGGGCUUCCAGGGAGACGGCGAGUCGGCUUCCGCCACGUUGGGCCGCGCAGGGGUUGGCGGCGUCGGCCGUGGCUGGCUCAGCGCCGGCGGCUCAGCAGGCUGGGCGACCGUUUCCGUCGGCGUGGGCGUUGCCGGCGUCGAUGGCGUUGCUUCGACGGUCGCAAGGGAGCUUGUCGGCUCGACGCGUGCCGGCGGCGGACUCGGCGUGGUCGGCUUGCCGGUGACGGUCGUCAGCGUGUCGUCGGCGUCGGCGAGCAGCCGCAGCCGCUGUUCGGCUUCGACCUCGGCCGUCACGUCGAUCAUCCGGCGGGCGACACGCUCGGCCCACGACGCUCCCUGGCUGGUCAGCGUGUCGGGGCUUUGGCGAAGAGCUUGCAGGACGGCGCCGGAGGUCUCGACGAGCUGCCGUGUGUCGCCUUCCCGUGCGGAGGCGACGGCGACGUCGAUCCGUUGGUUGACGACGAACCGGGCCCGCUGGGCCGGCUCGCUGUCGUCCGCCAAGGCGAUCGCGACCACCGGCGGCGCCCAGUCGACGACGACCGACGGCACCAGCCCGCUGUGGCCCUGUGCCGCGAGCCGCCGCGUCUCGGCGCCGAGGCGCCAGUCGAGCAGGCGCCACACGCCGGCGACGAGCACGAACGCUAGCAGCAGAGCGACGGCGAUUCGGCGGGCUUGGACCACGCGCGGAGUGUCACGAAGCGCCGCGAAGCAAGGCAAGGCCGAUUGCACGCUAGCGUCGUGCGCUGUGUCGAGCGAUUCGCUCACGUCGGGCUGCGCGAGGGGGGAACGGCUGCUUCGGCGAGCGCUCGUGGGCGCUCUCGCCGCCGUGCUGCUUCUAGCGGGUCCACUGCAGGCUGCCGAGACCGGGGGGCGUGCGCGCCCUCAGGGGACGACCGACAAGCGGGCCCGCGAGGCCGCGCGGCUGGCGAUCCCGUGGAAGGCCCUGCCGAGCAACGUCCGGCCCACCGUCAGCGAGGUCGUCGGCGGCGCGACGCUGUACCGGCAGAUGCCGACGCGCGUGAUCGACUGUGACGCCGACCUCUACACGUACCUGAUCGACCGGCCGGAGCUGGUCGUCGGCGCGUGGAACGUCAUGGGCGUCAGCCGGCUGAAGCUCGAACGGGUCGCGCCCGACCGGUUCAACGUGACCGACGCGGCGGGGGCCGUCGGCGAGGUCCGCGUCGUCCACCGCAGCGGCGGCGGCGUUGACGCCCGCGGCAAGCGUCAGCCGCUGACGAUGGUGCUGCUCGCCAGCGGCGUCUACCAGGCGCCGCCGAUGCCGCAGCCGAUCCGCGGCAAGAGCGUCCUGCUGCUGCGGGCCGACGCGCUCGACGAGGCGAACGGCCGUUCUUACGUCACGACGCGGCUCGACUCGUUCAUGCGGUUUGGCGGACCGGCGACGCGGGUCGCCGCGAAGACGCUCAGCCCGCUGAUCGGCCGCACGGCGGACCACAACUUCGUCGAGACGAUGCGGUUCGUGUCGCUCUUCUCACGCACCGCGGAGACGAACCCCUCCGGCAUGGCCCGCCUCGCGGGGCACCUGCGACACGUCGACGAGCCGACGCGUCGCGAGUUCGCCUCGAUGUGCCAGCAGACGGCCGACCGGUACGCGCUGCGUCGCGCGAGCCGCCACCGCGUGGCGAUCACGCCAGCGAUGGCGACGGUCCGCUGA